GAGAAAUCUUGUGUGAUAUUUAUCCAAAUCAAAGUCAAAUUUUCAAUUUCCUGGCAUUUUUGCACUUAUUGCAGCUAAUUUGUAUAUACAGUGUACAUAGAGAUGAGCACACAACAAACUCGUUCGGGGGGCGGCGGCGGCCGCACUCAGAAAAAAUCAAAUUCCGCUCACAUUGGCGGUGGCGGUGGCAACAAUGAUACCGGUGCUAUGACACACGGCGCAGCGGUACAUAAGAAAGCCGAUGCGAACAAGACAGAAAAACCAGAGAAGGCCCAACCAAAGGCCACCACGGAACAGUUGCGCAUUGCCCAGAUAACCAAUAGCACCACAGAGGAUCCGCAGAUCAAUGAAAAGGUCACCCUAUUGCUAACAAUGACCCAACGUUCCGAGGAGGAAGUCUGCUGCGCCUUGAAUGAGUGCGAUUAUGAUCUGGAUGCGGCGGCCAAUUUCUUGAUUGAGAUUCUACCACAGGGCGCCUUUGCCAAGUACGAGAAAAAACGCAAGAAUAAGACUGCAAAUGCAGUUGCGGACGGCGCCGGCGGGGAUGCCGAUUGGGCAGAUGGCAACGCAAAUGCGGACAGGCGCGAAAAGUCGCGCAAUCGCAGCGCCAAUCGCGGUGGACGCGGCGGCACCGACAGUCGCGGCUGGCGCGGCAGAGAGGCCCGUGAGAAUGACCGCAACAUGCGCGAAUCUCGUGGUGGCGAUCGCGGUGAAGAUCGCGCCAAUGACAACUAUCGUGGUCAGCGUAAUGGCGGGCGUGGCGGUCCUGGCGGCGGCGCCGGUGGUGGUGGCCGUGACGGUGGACGGGGCGGCGGUUUUAUGUCACGCCCCGGACGCGGCGGUGGUCGCAUGGGCGGACGCAGUGGCGGGCCGCGCGGUGAUCGCGGCUACGGCUUACGCAACAAUGCCAACAGUGAGGAUCACCACGAGGUUGAGCUCUGGGACAACACCAUAGCGCAAAAUGCCGAGAAACAGCAACAGCAGCAGUCGCACGACGACGCCUGGGGCGACUGGAACAACGAGGAGUACGAGGGCUCGCUCAAGGACAGCAAAGUCUUUACGCCGAGCAAUCUCAACUCGCAGACGGCGGCCAGCGUGGUAAGCGGUGGCGGUGCGGCGGUUACAGCCGCUGAGUUAUCUGCGCCGCCAGGCCUGGAGCAUCAUCAUCUGGGCGGCAGUGUGGCACAAGGAUCUCAUCUGAGUGCGCUGGUUGGCAGCAGCGAGGACAGCGGCAGCUCGGCGCCAGCGCCAGUCGCCAGCAUUUCCGGCACAUCAGCGGCGACGCCGAUGAUGCAGUACAGCGCAGCGGUCAGUAAUCCGCCUCCACAGCUGCAGUCGGUAGUAAGCACGCCGAGCAGUGUUGCGGGCGGUGGUGCGAGUGUUGCGCUGAAUUCCUCGCCCUAUGUCGCCAAUGCUGCCGCCGAUACAUUCUCGAGCGCUGCCUCCGCGGCUGCCACGUUAGUGCAGCAGGCCCAGCAGCAAGCGCAGCAGCUGCAACAGCAACAGCAGACGCCACUGAAGCCAUCGGCCACACUUUCAGCGGAACAAUCUCAGUAUUUCAACUCGCUGACGUCGCAGGGCGCCAGCCCGACGGCCGCUGCGGCGGCAGCGGCAGCUGUGCAGCCCUCAAUGGCGGCCGUUUAUGGCAGCCAAGGCAGCGGCUCAACGGCUCAGUAUUCGAGCACGUAUGCGAAUGUGUUCGCCUCGGCGCCCGGCUCCAGCAUGGGCACGCCCAACAGCAACAGUGAACAGUCGCAACAGCCGCAGGUGCGGCGGGCACGCGUCAAAUUGCCGCCACCCUCGAAGAUACCUGCGAGCGCAGUUGAAAUGCCCGGAGAUAAUGCCUUGAACAAUAUUGGCUACUUGGAUGUGCAAUUCGGUGCCAUGGACUUUGGCACAGACGACAGCUUCGAUGCGAUGCCGGAGAAGUUCAAUGCGGGCGUUAGCAUCGACGGGCAGCAGCAGCAGCAACAACAGCAGCAGCAGGAUGACUACCAGACCAAGUCACAGCAGCAGCAGGCGGCGCUCUCAGCCGGGCUACAGAACGCGCAAAUUUUGCAGGGUGAUGCUUUAAGUGCGGCUGGCUAUGCGGCGAGGUCGACGGUGCAGCAACAGAGCGGCAAUGCGCUGGAUCAGCUGACCAAGAGCGAUCCGUAUGGACAGGCGGGCAGUGGCAACAAUGGCGCGACGCCAUAUCAGAAUGCGUAUCAGAACAGCGCCGCCAGCAAGGCGAACAGUGCCUAUCAGACGUCUGCUGCCGUGCAGGGCUACAAUAGCUCCAGCUAUGCAAACGUUCAGUCCUCGGUGGCGAAUAGCUACCAGCCCUCUAGCUAUGCCAGCUAUCAGGCCAAUGCCGUCAAUUCCUAUCAGCAGCAGCAGCAGCAGGCGGCCGGCAAUGCGCAGAACGCGACGGGCAGCGUUGGCGGCAGCGGUGCGACAACACAAAACAUUCCGAUCAGCGGCGGCGGCGGUCAAAACAGCUCCAGCGCGAAUGCGAGCUCCGCCUAUCUCACAUCGGGUUAUUCGACACCACAAAGUGCUUACCAGUCCAGCCAGAGUGUCUAUGGCAACACUGGUCUCUCCAACAACAGCGGGUUUGCUGGCAGCGCAAGCAACUCGUCCUCGCAGUAUGGUAACUUUAGUGCUAGCGCCAAGCUUAAGGAUGCUGCGGCAGCCGGAGCUGCAACGCACUACGACAGUGUCUCCACGAGCAGCGGCGUGAGCAGCAGCAGUGCCAGCACUGGCAACGGUGCGGCGGGCGUGGUCAGCGGUGCGACAGGUGCUAAUCAGGCGGUCGUUUCCAAUACCAACAACAACGUGAGCGGCAGCAGUUCGGCCAGCAGCGUUGCGGCUGGUGGCAACAACAGCAACAGCAGCAAUGUGGUAGCAGUUAGCAGCCAGGGUGGCAGCUCGAUAGCGGGCGUAAGUGUAAGCGGCGGUGUUGGUGGCGGUGUUGUCGGCGGCAGUGCGUCCAGCGUCGGUAGCGGCGGCGUCGUUGGCGUCGGCGUUGGCGUGGGCGUUGGCAGUGGCAACAAUGCCGGCUCUGUCCAGGCCGUUGCACAAACAUCGGCGGGCACCGCAGCGGUGCUGGCCUCGCUGACCAACAAGAACAGCAGCAGCAGUAACAGCAGCGGCAGCGGUAAUGGCGGCACCGGCGGCGUCGGCGCUACAACUGGCGGCAGCGUCGGCGCAGGCGGCAGCAGCAGCUCAACUGGUGCUGGUGGUGCUGGUAGUGGUGGUGGUAGCGGCGGCGGCAGCAGCGGCUUGGUGCCCACCAACAUCCAAAUGGUUAGUCAAUAUAUUCAGACUGGAUUGCCAUACUAUCAGCAACCAGUUUAUUCCUACGAGGAAUUACAAAUGAUGCAACAGAGAGUGCCACAUGUGCAAGGGUAUUAUGAUCUGAACUACACGCCCACCAGCCUGGGCGCCGGACGCGACAAUCUGGGCUCUGUGGCAUAUUCAACCAUGACUGAUGGACGCUUCGCGCGCACCGACAAUAACUCCAGUCCUGUUAGUAAUGUGUCUAGCACAAUGUCGCAACAAGCUGGCUCCAGUGCGCCCAUGCUGAAUGUUCCUUAUGCAUAUUUCUAUGGUGGCAAUGUAAUGCCCGGCGGUUUCCAAUAUGGCACGCCAGCCAUCUAUCCACAACAAAUACCGGCUGCCAAUACCGCAUCCGGUGGCCAGUUCCCAAAGCCUUCGUAUAGCGCGGGCUAUGGCUCGACCAGUUAUGAUACGCUCUCACAAACAACUCAGGAUUACAGCAAGGGCGGCUACUCGUCCAGCGUGAAUCAGCAGAGUAAAACCCAAACGGUUUCCAAUCAGCCGCAGGCGGGCACCGGCUCCGAUCUGACCUCGUCAAUGUACGGCAAGGGUCACGUGGCGCUAAACAAGGUCAAUUCGUAUGAGAAGCAGAGUUUCCACUCGGGCACACCGCCGCCAUUCAAUAUGGCAAAUACGCAGACAGCUGGCGGCACCUCGGCCCAGCCGUAUGGCAUGUAUCUGCCAAUGCCAGCGGCCGGACAUCACAAUAUGAUACAUCCGCCUAUCCAUCAGAUGGACGGCAGGAUUCAUAGCUCAUCCCGCCGGGACUCGAACAGCGCUGGCCAGCGCCAACAGUCGAGCAGCCAGUCAAAGUCGGCCGGCAAACCGAGCUACCCGACCUCGUACUGGACCGGACAAAACUAGCUUUCGGAGAAGACCAUUUGGCGGCCGCUGCAAAUAGCGCUGCAGCCGAGCGCCGGCCGAGCAGCCGAAUUUUAUAGCCUACGCACCAACACAGCAGCAACAGCAACAACAACAACAACAACACCCAUUCACAUUUAUAACAAUAAUAUCAGUCAGAGAACGAGUUCAAUAACAACAGCAACUAAAGCGACAACAGCAACUGCAACAAAUCAGUUACUAAUGUUAGUAAAGGAGAAACAACAGCAACAUCAGCAGCCGCAUAAUAAAUCUGAGGAAUAUCCAAUAAGCGAAACGUUGAGCGAGGAGCAUUCAUCAGAAGAUAAUGAUGAUUAUCAAAUAUAUGAAGACGAGAGAUCAUAUUUUACCUAAUAAGAAAUGUUUUUACUAUGAACGCGUUGAGCUCGCCUCCUCCCUCUCCCUCCCCUUCUCCGCUAUGGAACGUGUCGAAGUGCAGAUCUAUGCAUCUUUAUAAAGUAUACCAAGUCCAGGCCAGCCUCCUCCCACUCACAUACCAUACCAUAUAAAAAACACACACUCACACUCGCAUACACAAAUGCAACAACCAAAAUACACACACACACACAUACGAACGCAUACAUAACACGUACAGCCAACAACAUCUGCAUAUAUAAACUAUACCAAGUACCAUUUUUCACAUUGCAUACAAAUAAUUUACAAAGAUAAAAGAUAACAAUUAUUAAAUAUUAAAGGCGUAAAACGAUUUAACAGAUUUAUAAGCGUAAGAUGAAACAAAUACAAAAACAAACAAAACAAAA